UGCCGGUUCCACCGCCUGAGCGAUCCGGCACGCGUUUAGUUGCUUGCGGGUCAAACGCUCGUCCGGUCGCGACGCGUUCUCCGGUCCCUCGAAUCAUCAUCAAUCCGCGAUUAUCAGCCGCGUCGGAUAUUCCGCGUCGCGAUUCGCAAACCAGUGCUGUGCGGAUAACAAUUCUGGAUUUGGAAAGAAGGGCCAAGUCCCGUCGCCCCCUACGGUUUUUUUAAAAACGCAACCGGAAUUCAUCCUGCCUAGUAUGCGCGGUUUUUCGUCGCCUCAAGCGAGGGUCAAUCGCCGUAAUAACCGCACUUGACAAGACGAAUUAACAGCCGAUUCGCCAGUUCGUGCAUGAAAAUCGCCAGCCGCCGUCGUCCGGAUUUCGAGUUUGGGUUCUGUGAGCUGCGAACUUUCGUGAUUGAAUUUCAGUUCGUCAAAUUUCGCGAGCGCCAAAAGCGAGAGUGUUUUCUUUUUAAGUCAGUUUGAAGCUUAACGAUUUGUUGCUGCUGUUUCUGUUUUAUUGUGUCCCGUUUUGGGUUCUUUUCACUGUUUAUUCAACUAAAAUCGUUCAUAUUUACCUGUGAGAAAAGUUCGCACCCGUCACACCGAAGUCGAGAUGACGGGGAAAUAAGUGCCUGCUGAAAGGAGCCUAAAAACCCCAAAAAUUUCAACCUACCAAAAAAAAACCACGCCGGAAGUAUACCCAAGGAUUCAUCCAACAGGAAAUUGCUCGGCAUAAAAUGACCGGUUUUUUCACCCUCGUUCUGUUCGCGGGGCUUUUCGCUGCCUGGCCUGAUCGAGUCCAAGGCAGCAACGAUCAGCCCUCGCUGACGAUUGACGUGCACGCUGAGAGGGGGUCAACGGUGGAAUUACCCUGUGCUUUAAAGCUCCCGGAGUGCGGGGGUCUCCACAGUAUAAAGUGGUACUGGGGGGCGACGCGGAUCUUCAUAUUCAGCGAGGGUGUGGGACUGACUGCCAGCGAUGACGAAAUAUCGCACAGAUCGAAUAUGACGUACGAAGCGAACGCGACUAAGACCUUCCUCAAGAUUCCUGAUCUUAAACUCGACGACGAAGGACUCUACAAAUGCGAAGCGACUUAUAUGGCGGUGAACAACCGAGAGUGCAAUAACGUCCAGCACAUUAUAUUGACCGUUACAGUGAAACCGGAAAAGCUGAUCGUGACGAACGAAGAUACGUCGGAGCCGAUCGUCCACGAGAGUACGCUGAGUCCAGUGAACGAGGGUACGAAGUUGGUUCUGAACUGCGAGAGCGGACCAGGAAAGCCAGUUCCCAUGGUCACGUGGUUCAACGGAACGCAGCGAUUGGAAGCAACGAACUCAACCGAGGUGGAGGAAAAUGGUAUCGGAACCGCGAGCAGCCGUUUAGAAGUGGCCGUUACACGUGGUGACCUAGGGGCGAGUUUCAUCUGCAGGGCGAGCAGCCCCGCGCUUAAAGAACCCCUGGAAGUUAAAACAGCGGUGGUAGUAAACGUUCGCCCCCUUGGUAUGGACCUCAGCGGUGUCGUGAAUCACGUCGUCCAGGGUUCGAAGGUGAUCCUCCAGUGCCAAGUGCAGGGCGCGAGGCCGGCGGCCAACAUCACUUGGUUCAACGGCACCGAGCCGAUCAGCAUCGGAAACGAAGUCAACGUGCUGAACCGCGAGCUUGCGGAAUCGCCUCAACCAUAUGAAUUAAAGACCAGCAUAAUACAGCUUAUUGACGGCACUUACCGCACAGAGAGCAGCCUGAUAUUCGAGGCAACCCACUAUCAAAAUGGAAAAAAGUUCAGCUGUCACGCCGAGAACAUCGUGACGCUUCAGAAGAGCAUCAGGCCGAUGAAGAAGUCGAUAAUCCUGGACGUUUACUAUCCGCCGAUCGUCAGCUAUCCAGUGGGAAAUAUAACGGUAAACGAAACACUGGAUAUCCAUUUGAUCUGCGAGUACAUCGCUAACCCGGCGCAGUUGGAGACGGUAAAAUGGCUCCAGGACGGUGAAGAGAUCAAGCUGACGGACGAUCGGUUCGACGGUGGUACCGUGGAGCAGCCUAUACUAAUAAUAAAAAACACCAGCUCUUCGGACAUGGGGAAUUAUUCCUGCGUGCUGGGAAAUAGCGUCGGAGAAUCUGUCUCACAGGACUAUAUCGAGGUCUCCGUGUUGUAUAAACCCGUGGUUGAGGUAUCAACCGAUCCUCCGGACGCUGUCAACGAGGCCGACAGACUGAACGUCUCUCUGAAAUGCGAAGUUCGGGAUGGAAACCCGACGAUCCUCACCGCUGUUCAGUGGUUCCUGGACGGUGAUCUCCUCAAAGAACUGCCAGAGUGCGUUAGCAACUCAACGCCUUCCACCAUGGACGUAUCUUCGACCUUUUGCGACAUUGACCCGAGCAAGCUGCUCCUCGAGGUCGUCGGCAGGUCUUUUCACGGAAAUUAUUCCUGCAAGGGAAGAAACGACGCCGGCUGGGGACCCACCUCCGAAAGCAAAGCUGUUGUUGUCUAUUACAAACCGGGUCCAGCUUCGAUAUCGUACGAGCCAAAGGAAGUGGUGAAAAGGGAUCGGCUGAAGCUAACGUGUUCGGUGGUGGACACGGGUCGGCCAGAAGUAACGGGUUACAAAUGGAUGCGGGGACAGCACCGUCUCUCCGACGAGAACAAAUCGGUCUUGGAUAUAAAAUCGGCUGACCUCGAGACCCAGGCGAACUUCACUUGUUGGGCAUACAACGAGGCAGGAGACGGAGACCCGGCGACGGUUUUCGUCCAAGUUUUCGCGCCCCCCGCCUUUGUGAGAAAGCUACCCCCUUAUACGGGGGUCGUUUAUGACACCCAGAAAGCCAGCAUAUACUGUUCGGUCGAGUGCGUUCCUCUGUGCAAUAUAUCCUGGAGCAAGGACGACGUCCCGAUGAACUUCACCGACAACAAACAGUACUUUGUGAAAAACACCUAUCACGAUCCUGACCCGAAGACCAACGACUUUCAGAGCAUUCAAUCGGAGCUCAUUUGGAACCUUUCCUGGUGGCCGAGUGGUAAGCUCGACCGGUUCGAUGACAAUGGGAAAUUCACUUGCGAAAGCACUCCGAACACCAUCGGACCCGGCGUCAAGAGCACGACCCAUUUCCACGUUGAAUUUCCCCCGGAGAACAUCAACGUUUCGCAAAAGGCCGUCAAUGUUUCUUUCAACCAGACUCCGGAGGCGGUUACUUGCUUCGCCAUUGCCCACCCUGAGCCGUCUUUUAGGUGGUACAGGGAGGGAUCCAACGACACGAUAAGUGAAAACAAUGUACUCUCAUUCUCCCACGGCUUGUCUGAACGAAACACCGGCAACUACAUAUGCGAGGCUUCGAACCGGCAUGGAUUGCAAAAAAUCGUCACGCACAUCAACGUCCAAACCCGCAAUGGAAGCCAGACAGCCCGCAAUGGAAGUCACACAGCCCGCGAUGGAAGUCACACAGCCCGCGAUGGAGGCCAUAGUGAAACCGUACAAGUACCGUGGUGGAACAAAUUCGAUCUUCUUCUGAUCAUAAUAAUCGUCGCCGUCGUCAUCAUUCUGGCUAUCAUAAUCAUCUGGAUAGUAAUCUACCUAAUUUGUCGACGCAAGCGGAACCAAGCAAAGCACAAUAACCGGGUCGUCGAGAUGGAGGAACGCGAUCACCCUGACAGAGGAGCGCCCAGCCAGGCAGCAGCGACAGCUUCACACCCAACGCCAGCACCUAGAUGGCCUCUAAAGCCCGGCGUUCUCGUGCACAUUAAUCGUUCGCACAGCCUCCGUUCCGGGCUGAGCACUCGGCUGGACCUGCAGUCCCGGGUGGCUGGUUCUCGCCCCGUUUCUUCGUGCCUAGAGAGCGACUCCGAAGGGAGAUCCGUCCUUCACGAGGCCGUUCACACCGUCGCGAGAACGCCGGUCCGCGCCUACAGGCGAUCGAAAGACACACGAAGAGCCCUCAGCAUGUCGAAUGUCCACGAAGACGGCAUGCUUGCCAGGGCGAACAGGAUUCGAGCCAUGUUUGGAGCUCAGUUUAAAGACUCCGAUACCUUUCCGGGAAUCUCCAGAGACAAGACAGCCGUGACUUACAAGAGAAUAGUACCACCACGUCAACGGGUCUCGUGCGAGGUGGCGGUGACGUCGUUGUCGGGAACGACAUGCCCGAAUUACGAGGCCAGCGUAUCUCGCAAGCGUAAGAAGCCUGGAGCAGAUCCAACUCAAGCAGCGAAUAAUAACCACGUCGGCAGCGUCUCGGAGGGUCUGCCGGAUCCGGAAAUGAAGACUUUUUACGAGAACCUACCCUUCCACGGAAUACAGACACCUCCGAACAAGUUGAUUUCUCCUAAGUUUGCCCGAUCUUCGCCUUUGCAUGGCACAUUGCACUCGACCACGUCAUCGCCGGCUUCCUCGAGGCCGGCAAGUCGGCCACCGAGUCGUUCGACGAGUAUUUGCGGCGGAAGUUCCGGAUACGGAUCGACCAGAAGUCAUUUAGGCCCUCACUACAGUCCGCACAACAUGCCGAGGAGCAACUCGCCCGAGCCAAAGUACAACUCGCUCAAACCACGCCGAAGAAAGCACAAACACGCGCAGUUCUACUCGCUCCGAUUGUGCAGACGGCAUCAAAACACCCAUCAUAACUACCAGCUCUACGCUGUUCCUAUUCGGAAGAAUUGCCUGCACAAGUCUGGGCCCGUCGAAGAAAUUACGGACGCUCAUAUCACAGCCUUCGCCACCGUUUCGAACGAGGAUUCGAAAACCGUCGCACCUCCCGUUCCAGCGCCAAGGACAAGACGUGUCACAGACCCCUCGCAACACACUUACCAAAACGUUCCUCCACCUGUUUUUCCACAAAACUCGGCAACUAAAAACGUCAAGACCGCCAACCUAUACAACUACCAAGAACACUACCAGCAGCACGAGCAAGAGCUGCAGCAGUACGGCUACCCAGUGGCCAGCAGCAGCUCGAACCAACUAACCCUUCCACUAACGCGUAGCCUUCACCACUCGUCAGUAGUGAGUCCCAGUCCCAUGCAGACAACGACGACUACGAACUCGGUGCACCUGAAUCACCGUCAUUCGUUUCCACGCGCCCUGAUCCACGGGGACAUGGAGAUGGACCUGGUGCACGACCACCAACCACGGCAAGGGGGACGCCGGCACGAGCGUCGGAAAUACCGGAAGCACGGCAACGACCGUAAGCAGAAGCAACAGCAGCAGCAGCAGCAACAGCAAAGGCGACAGGACCCCCGAAGGACCGAGUCGCCUUACACCUUCUCCCGGGAGACGGGUUUCAACCAGAUAUCGCAGGAGCCUCGGAGCGGUAGCGGGAGCAGGGAGGGUACCUACAAGAUAUCCUACCCCCAUUACUACGAGGACUCUAUCACCGAGUGCCCCCUGGACUACCCGUCCUACGAGGGAGUCCCCCGGGAGCACAGGGAGCGAGAAGUCGUUGAUAGGAGGGCCCGAAGGCAAAGAGCGAUACCUACAUUUUCUAGAAGAAAUUCUUCGCCCUACAGACCGGAGUUCUCGGACUUGGACUACGCCGAUGUAGACUAUCGUUCCUACGGGCCUAUAAACUACAAAGCUGCCAGCAUCGCUCUCCUCCAGAAACAGAAACAGCCCCAACAGCUCCAGCAGCGUCCUUCGAUGUACGGUCCUCUACACAAUCAGGACAACGAGGAGCUUCUGUAACGAUUUUGAAGUCUUCAGGAUCAAGGAUCAAGGGAGUGAUGGGGAUUUCAACGAGGAAUACGAAGACCGGUAUGAAGAUGCCUAUUGUACAUACAUAUAUAUUUAUUUAUGUACCGUGACGAGUCAAUGUCUCGAUUCGCGCAAUAUGGAGGCACGCAUCAUAUUAUAUAUAUGUAUAUGGGAUCAACUAACGUACCUUCUCUCUAUGUAUAAUAAAAAAACCCCGAUACCGUGGCACGCGCGAAGAGUACAGUUGGAAAAAGAAAAAUUCGUAGAAAAGAAAAAAACGAUUAUACAAAGAUCGGGUCGCCAGAGUUUUUACUAAAGUUCCAUCAUCUUUUCACGAUCGUUUAUUGAUUUGAAAAAAAGAAACCCUUUGCCCGUUUUUCAAACUCAUGAGAGCUGCCCAUGAAUCAUGCCCUGCAGCUUUUGCUCGGUGAACUGGUAGAAUAUCGUUAGAUAAACACUGGCUAUAAAUAUUAUAAUAUCUUGAAAUAGAAUGGUAAUAAUAACAUCAAUAUGCGAAUAGCCUAUCCAUACCCUAUACAUGUAUACAUAAUAAGCGCGUGUAUAUAAACAUAUUGUGUGCACAAAGAAAGAAAGAAAUAACAAUGAUAUUAAUAUUAAUAUUAAAUAAUAAUAAUAAUAAUAAUAAUAAUAAUAAUAAUGAACGAUUAAAUUUAGAACUUAUAUAUUGUACAGAAUUCGUGAUAUUUUAACGACUUAAUUAAUAAUUACACGCGUGACGUACUUACGCAACGUACGUAGGCGUUGAUACGAAUAUCAAAAGCAUUAAAUAAUCGAUCCCCUUGCUGCCCCCCCCCCCCCCCCACCACACCCCUACCGCUCAUCAUACUUGUCAUUGAAAUUAAGUCGCGAGGUUAAGAAGAAAUCUACGGAGGUCACAUGUAACGACGAUUAUAGAAAUUAAAAGAAAAAAAAAACGUUUAUGUAUCAUUGUUACAUUAAUAUAUUAAUUAUCCUAAUUAUAAUAUAUCGGUUAAUCGUCAUCAGACGAUCAGCGAUAUAUAUAUAUAUAUAUAUAUAUAUAUAUAUAUAUAUACAUAUAUGUAAUAUAAGAAUUGUUACAUUACAUAUUGAUAGGUACAUUAUAUUUGAAAAAAGAGACAAGAGAAAAUGGAAAAGAAAUGAGGAGAAAACAAGCAAAGCAAAAUAUCAAAUUGACACGUGACGCCCGCCCCUCUUUGCCAAUUCAAACAGCAUGCGCUCUGCGGCAAGUCUCGACAUAUCUUGACGAAUAUAACAUUACAUUAUGUUAUACGAGAGUUGAAGAAAGGAAGGAGAAAAUGAAAUUUAUAAAAUUGCGUGUAUAGGAUAAGAACGGAAACCGUGCUUUUAUUUCCUGUUAUUAAUUGUUAUAGGAAUCAGAUUCGCAAUUUCUUUAAUAAGGCGAAGGAAAAAGGUAAAAAAAAAAAAAUCCUUCCAUCACAUUUUUAUCCUCGAAACGAGCCCCUCAUUAAUUUGGAAGAUGAUGAGAGAGAGAGAGAGAGAAGAAAAAAACAAAUUUAUAAUACCAUUUAAUAAUUUUGGCAUAUUUAUUAAUCUCUCGUUGUUGUUCUUGUUGUUGUGAUCUUCCGUCCAUGAAACGAAGGUGAGUAAUAAAAACGUUACGGAUUAGCUGUAUAUAGGCGUAUAACUCGAUUGAAUUAAUUGGAAUUCAUUUUAUCUGCGAUAAUGAGAAAUGUCGAGUCUUGCGUGUAUGCUGCGUUAAAUAUUAUAUUUUCUCUUAUAACAGACGCGAUGAAUAUCUUAGUUAUUUAUCAAAGCUCUCAUAUGCGCUAUAUCGAUUAUUAUACUUACUGUGUACUCUUCUAUCUAUUCGCCGGUUGUAAACAGGGUAAAGUAUAAAAUAAAAAUUAGAAUACCAAAAAUGAAUAGAAAGAAAAACAAGGAAAGAAAACAAAAAAAAAGAAAAACGAAUAAACGAGAAAUAAAAAUAACGAAUAUAAAAAUCGUUGUCGCAUUAGAUAUUCUAUCACGUUACCGUGACUAUUAUUCGUACUUGUUAGAGGGCUUAGCCAGGGUGUUGUUUAACAAGGAAAAUGCAUCGUCGUCUAUCGAGGGGCGGCGUUCAACAACGAAAUGCUAUUACGAUUAAAGAGGGCUGGCUCUCGCAAUCAAGGCAGCCAUUACAAGGACCGGCGUGAUAUAUUUUCGAUAUCGUUUAAUAAUCUACGUAUAAUUAACACGUUUCGUAGAUAAAAAAAAAAAAAAAAAAAAACAAUCAUUCGUUUUUCUCAUCGCCGGACAAAUUUUCAAAUUUAUAGUUGACGGUAUCCAUUGUUAUUAUUAUACAUUUAAGCAAAUUGACUCACUUGAAUAUAUUUCGCUCGAUUGCGUUACUUCUGGAUUUUCAUUCGUUCGUUUUGGAAAAUGACUUUGUGAAUUUUUUUUUUGUUCGUAUUGUAAAACCGGUCGUUAAACGAGCAAAUAAAUUUACAAAUUACCAGACGUGUCUCUUGUUAUUGAUCUACUCUCAUUGUAAAACCGAAUGUAAAGGAAGAAAAGAAAAAAAUACUCAUAUCAAUAAGAUUGUAAAACACCUAAAACACACACACAAUCAUGAAUAUAAACGAUGUAUUGAGCCUAUAAAAAUUAUACGCUCAUGUAAUUUUUGUUAUUAAAAAAAAUGGAUUGCCUUGUUCGGUGAGUAAUUUCGGGGACUCAAAGAUCUAGGUUCAUUGAAUCCGCCCAGAUACUUGCCGAACGACGGAUCCUUCAUCUUGCCAUACGCUGCAUUUAUAUUUGAAUGCUUGUUGUCAUUAUUAACAUUGUUAGAAGGAAAAAAAAAAAAUGGGAAUCUAGAACGAAAAAAAAAAAAAAACAAUCUUGGUUGCUUU